CAAAGUUUAACAAACUGCAAACUCAUCAUCGGGCAGUCAUUUGGUCGUCGAGAAUCCUCCAGCUAAACAUGGCUGACGAAUUUGAUCUUGAAGCACUCGUGCACCUGGAACAGACGUUCUACGACGCCGGGUACGCCGACGGCUUUGUCCAUGGUCGUAUUCAUGGGUUGAUCGAAGGUCGAGCGCUCGGGCGCGAGAAGGGCUUCGAGAUAUGGGAGGAGAUCGGAUUUUACGAGGGAUUUGCUAAUACUUGGCAAGCAAUAUAUGCAAAGCAUGGACACAACGACCAGCGCGCAUUACACCACAUCAAGCAUCUUCUUGAUCUCAUAUCACAGUUCCCGCGAAUAAAUCCCUCCGCAGCUGCAGUGACAUAUGACGCUACGGAAGAGAUCGAUAUUUCGAAGCUGCAGCGCCAGAUUCGAUCGCGAUAUAAGGCGUUAUGUGCAUCUCUCGGUGUAAAGCCUACACUAAGGGCGGUCGAUGUAGACUCGACUGAUGAGGGUGUGCAAAGUAUGGAUCAGCAGAAACAAGUUUGGAAACUAGAAGAAGAUGCAAGAAGACCGACGAUGCAAGGACUGAGUUUUUGAAGAGGACUCCAAGACAGAUCCAAAGGUCACGCCUUUACGCGCGAAACACUUACAUAUGGAUAUCCACCAAAUAUCCAAGAUGACAACGGCAAUAUCGCAUUAAGAGCUCGGAUUUUUAUCCGAGUAAGCAUAGGUAAUACA